AUGCUCAACAGGGAACUCAGUCAUUUCGCGGAAUCGUCAAAAUCCGGUACGCAAGUAUCACAAUUCCUUAUCAACACUUAUAUGGACAAAGAGGAUGAUGAACCGCAAUUGCCCAGUGCUGAGGCUGCUGCUGCCGAGGUGCGUUUCUCUUUAAAUUACACGUUUUUUUUCGAAUUUUCAUUUCAUUUUUCAAAUCUAUCACCUAUCAUCUAA